CCCGCCGCCCCGCGAGGGGGCCCGGCCCCCGGCCGCCCGAACGCUCCCUCGGCCUUCGCGAAGCGGCGCGGUGGCCGCGGUGCCGGCGGCACGAUGACUGACACCCGGCGCAGGGUGAAGGUUUACACGCUGAACGAGGACCGGCAGUGGGACGAUCGAGGCACGGGGCAUGUGUCCUCCUGCUACGUGGAGCGGCUGAAGGGCAUGUCCCUGCUAGUCAGGGCGGAGAGCGAUGGUUCUCUUCUUUUGGAGUCCAAAAUUAACCCGAAUACGGCGUACCAGAAGCAACAGGAUACCUUGAUUGUGUGGUCUGAAGCUGAAAACUAUGAUUUGGCACUUAGCUUUCAAGAAAAAGCAGGAUGUGAUGAAAUAUGGGAAAAAAUAUGUCAGGUUCAAGGCAAAGACCCCUCUGUCGAUAUUACUCAGGACCUUGUCGAUGAGUCUGAGGAAGAACGUUUUGAUGAUAUGUCAUCACCAGGUCUUGAAUUGCCAUCUUGUGAAUUAAGUCGACUAGAAGAAAUUGCAGAACUUGUGGCGUCUUCACUGCCUUCGCCGUUACGCCGUGAGAAACUUGCGCUAGCACUGGAAAAUGAGGGCUAUAUUAAGAAGCUCUUAGAAAUUUUUCAUGUGUGCGAAGACUUGGAGAACAUUGAAGGACUACACCACUUAUAUGAAAUUAUCAAGGGAAUCUUCCUUUUGAACAGAACUGCACUUUUUGAAGUCAUGUUUUCCGAGGAAUGUAUAAUGGACGUAAUUGGAUGCCUAGAAUACGAUCCGUCUUUAUCACAGUCACGGAAACACAGGGAAUUUCUGACUAAAACAGCAAAAUUUAAAGAGGUGAUUCCUAUAUCUGAUCCAGAGUUGAAGCAAAAAAUACAUCAGACGUACAGAGUACAGUAUAUUCAAGAUAUGGUCCUACCCACUCCCUCAGUUUUUGAGGAAAAUAUGCUAUCAACACUUCAUUCUUUCAUCUUUUUUAAUAAAGUGGAAAUAGUUGGUAUGUUACAGGAAGAUGAAAAAUUUCUGACAGACUUGUUUGCACAACUAACAGAUGAAGCCACAGAUGAGGAGAAAAGACAGGAAUUGGUAAAUUUUCUGAAAGAGUUUUGUGCAUUCUCUCAAACACUGCAGCCCCAAAACAGAGAUGCGUUUUUCAAAACCUUAUCAAAUAUGGGCAUACUGCCGGCACUAGAAGUCAUACUGGGUAUGGAUGAUGCACAAGUACGAAGUGCAGCCACAGAUAUAUUCUCAUAUUUAGUUGAAUACAACCCAUCCAUGGUACGAGAGUUUGUCAUGCAGGAAGCUCAGCAGAAUGAUGAUGAUAUACUACUCAUUAACCUCAUAAUAGAACACAUGAUUUGUGACACAGAUCCAGAACUUGGAGGGGCAGUGCUACUAAUGGGUUUGCUUCGUACCUUAGUUGAUCCAGAAAAUAUGCUUGCCACUGCCAAUAAAACAGAAAAGACAGAGUUCUUGGGUUUCUUCUACAAGCACUGUAUGCAUGUUCUGACAGCCCCCUUAUUGGCCAAUACUACAGAGGACAAGCCUAGCAAAGAUGAUUUUCAGACAGCCCAACUCUUGGCAUUAAUACUGGAAUUGCUAACUUUCUGCGUAGAACAUCAUACUUACCACAUAAAGAACUACAUCAUCAACAAAGAUAUCCUGCGAAGGGUGCUUGUUCUCAUGGCCUCAAAGCAUGCUUUCUUGGCUUUGUGUGCCCUUCGUUUCAAGAGAAAAAUAAUUGGACUAAAGGAUGAAUUCUACAACCGCUACAUAAUGAAAAGUUUUUUGUUUGAACCUGUGGUCAAAGCAUUUCUGAAUAAUGGUUCCCGUUACAAUUUGAUGAACUCUGCCAUAAUAGAGAUGUUUGAGUUUAUCAGAGUGGAAGAUAUAAAAUCUUUAACAGCUCACGUGAUUGAAAAUUAUUGGAAAGCACUGGAAGAUGUAGAUUAUGUGCAGACAUUCAAAGGACUGAAACUACGAUUUGAGCAGCAAAGGGAAAGACAAGAUAAUCCAAAACUUGAUAGCAUGCGCUCCAUUUUGAGAAACCACAGAUACAGGAGGGAUGCAAGAACCCUGGAGGAUGAGGAGGAAAUGUGGUUUAAUACUGAUGAAGAUGAUAUGGAAGAUGGAGAGGCAGUGGUGCCCCCUUCUGACAAAACUAAAAAUGACGAAGAUAUUAUGGACCCUAUAAGUAAAUUCAUGGAGAGGAAAAAAUUAAAAGAGAGCGAAGAAAAGGAAGUUCUUCUGAAAACUAACCUUUCAGGUCGUCAGAGCCCAAGUUUCAAGCUUUCCUUUUCCAGCGGGACAAAAUCUAACCUUACCAGUCAGUCAUCUGCAAGUAAUCUGCCUGGAUCCCCAGGUUCUCCCGGAUCUCCAGGAUCCCCUGGGUCUCCAGGGUCUGUUUCUAAAAGCACAUCUCAGAUGGCAGCUAUUACAACAAAGGGAGGCCUCGUAGGGCUUGUAGAUUAUCCUGAUGAUGAUGAAGAGGAUGAUGAAGAUGAAGAUAAGGAGGAAACUUUACCUUUGUCAAAGAAAGCAAAGCUUGAGUCAUCAUAAUGGCAACUGCUGAAGAACGCUACCAUUUGGAGGAAGGAUAUUUUUCCAUAGAAAACAAACCCACAACAAAGCAGCAAUCUUUUGUGAAUUACUGUGUGUAACACAGACCAACCUAUACAAACGGAUUUCUGCCAAUCAAGUGCCAAUUGAAAGGAGCAGAAGAAGGGGAAAUACUUCAUUUAGGGGAAAGACUUACGCCUUUGAGCUCUCCAGCUUGGACCACGUGUUGCCCUUUUCUCAGGGAAGGAAAUGGAAAACAAAAACAAAAAAGCCAACAGGGCAGGAGUUUUGUUAGUGGAACUCUGGAUUGGCUGGUCAGUUGCUACAAUCAGAAUAUGCUUUCUUGGACCAUACAUGAGACUUCUGAAGAAAAGGCGAUUUUUGCCAUAAUUCUUCGCUAGUUAAGAAUGCCAGCAGUUUCUUUGUAUAAAAGAGACCUGCCUUUGAAAAUCGUACAUUCUGAACAUUUUAGUCAAGCUACAACAGGUUUUAAAAACCUCUGUGGGGGAGGGCUGAAUAUAAAGUUUCCUCU